AAUCGUUCAAAGUGAAACAUUCUGUGUCAAUAGUAAAAGUGGUACCGGACCUCGCGGGCCGAGGGUCGACUUUCGCGCGCGCUCUGGAGCCGGCGCUGUGUUUAUAAGCGCGUAUUUGUAACAAACAAACAAAUUGAAGAUGAGGUUCGCCGUGUGGUCGCUGAUGGCGCUGGCGUUGGUGGCAGCGGCGAGAGGCGCGCCGCAGCGGGAGGGAGCCGCCUUCACCAAGGAGGCCAUCAAGCAGGCACAGAACACAUUCCUCAUACCCAAAGACGCCGAAAUACAGAAGGUGCAGGAAGGUAUCGAGCUGGCUGCGUACGAGUCGAUCCCUGGCAACCAGAAGAUCGACCUAAGGCUGAUCCUGGGCGACCAAGUGCCCGAGGAGGUUAUCAACAACCUGCAGAGUCAGGUGGACCAGGUCGGCCGCCACUAGGCCGCCUUCAGAACGCCCUAGCCAUAACAAUCAACAAUAAAAUUACUUGGACAUCAGUAAAUUUAGAAGACGAUAUUAUAAGUACAAGAUAGCGGUAGUGUAAAAGAGCCUCCUAUAAAACCUUUGCCACUACCUCAAUAUAACAAAGAACCUACUUUGCAAGGCAGCUCUGAAUAAAGAUCUAACUAUCAAAUAAUCGCUGGGAUAAAAACCACAAACUUCAUAACAACAU